AUGGCAAGUGCAGGUGCAACCGGCGCCAACAAUGUGGCAGCCAGCACUGGGGCCAGCACGACGGGGGGCUCGGUGCCUGCCACAAAUGGCGGAUGCCCAGAGGGCACCAUGGCUUCAGCCUCUGCCUCAGUUGGAGACGAUGUGUCAACUGCGGAUGCCUGUGUGCCCAUCGAGGAUAUGGAUGAUACCACAACUGAUGGGGCCGCGCCAGACAGUGUGCCGGCAGUGGAGGAUAUUGGCACGGGAGAGUUGGCUGCUGCAGGGGCCGUCUAUGUGUCCCUUGCAGCGAUUGUUGGCAGCGUGGCCCUGGGAAUGGCUGUCCUGUGA